AUGGCUGAAGCUAGUAAGCCCAUGAUGAAGAGAACUUCAAAAUCUGUUCCUUUGGAGAGGAAUAAGAGAGAAAAGGAACAAUUCCGUAAACUCUUUAUUGGUGGCUUGAGCUCUGAAACCACAGAAGGAAGUCUGUGGAACUACUACCAGCAAUGGGGAUAUCUCACAGACUGUGUGUUAAUACGGGACCCUGUAAGCCAAAAAUCAAGAAGAUUUGGUUUUGUCACGUUUUCAUCCAUGGCUGAGGUUGAUGCUGUCAUGGCUGCCAGACCUCAUUCCAUUGAUGGGAAAACGGUUACGCCCAAACGUGCUGUCCCAAGAGAGGACUAUGGAAAGCCGGGGGCUCUUGUCACUGUGAAGAAGCUGUUUGUUGGUAGAAUUGCAGAAGAUACUGAGGAACAUCAUCUUAGAGAUUACUUUGAGAAAUAUGGAAAAAUCAAUGCCAUUGAAAUAAUUACUGAUGGGCAGCCAGGCAAGAAAAGAGGCUUUGGGUUUGUUACUUUUGAUGACCAUGAUCCCGUGGAUAAGAUUGUGUUGCAGAAAAAUCAUACCAUCAAUGGUCAUCAUGCAGAAGUACGAAAGGCCUUGUCUAGACAAGAAAUGCAAGAAAACCUGGAGGUGGCAAUUUGGGGGUUAGCCCUGGUUAUGGAGGAGGACGAGGAGGAUAUGGUGGUGGAUGUGGCAACCAGGAUGGGAGCUCCAGAGCUGGUUAUGACAACUAUGGAAGAAGAAAUUAUGGAAGUCAAAAUUACAGUGAUUUGGAGAAUUAUAAGCAGAAACCCUCUAAAAUGGAACUUCCGCUUUGGACUGAGAACAGGAGGCUCCCGGCUCCCCGUCCCACUGCUGCCCAGCCCAGAGGCCUCAGAGGACGCCAGGUUCCCAGAGCCACCUGGAGUGUCUGACAGUGAGGAUUCCUGGGCCCAAUCUCAGACCUCGGGGGUCAAACUCUCUGGGGGUCAGCUUGGGAGUCUGCUGCUACCUGGGGCCCCAGGAAGUAGCUGA